ACUGCAAUUCUGCGCCUUAAUAAGGAUUAACACAACUUGUUUAUCCACUAAGACGUUAACGAGUUAACUGCCGGAGACUCGCUUUAUUCCUUUUGUAACAAUCGGAUAUUGGAGUACAAAGAAAAAGAAAUAUGAAAUAAUGACCAAAUAACUGUCAUAACAGUGUUAGCUCGGGAGUCUUUUAAAAAGUUUAUCCCGUUUUUCUGACAAAUCAGAACGCCAGGGCUAAUCUCGUGCGUUAAGCUAUUGACCAAUCUGAUGCCUUUAUGUUAUCAAUUACUGUUUGGAUUGAAAUUAAAAGCAAUUUCGCAUGUUUGCUACCUUGCGACGUGUGAAUUUCUGGAAUAAAACAGCGACGUGUCUGGGAAAAUACUCUGGAUUUUUGUUGUUAACAUUUGUUGAAAUUGUCAUUCGGAAAUUGAAGUGUUGGAAAAAAAAUCGAAAAUGUUCGAGUAUUCUGUAUUUCUGUGUUUCUUUCAUGACUUAUAGCCGUUUGUGUUAGCUGGAUCCUGAUUAACCAAAUUUUAUUUUGGAAGAUUGUCAAUUAACUAUCACAUUUGAAGCGGAUUUUCUUUCUUUACAAAUACCAGUAUAUUUAGUUUUGAUCUAACAGUCGCUUACAAAAGAAAGUUAUAGACGUAUUGAUCACCUUUGUGGAUUUGAAAGAAAUUGUGUUAGGAAGAUUUUUAGAAACAUUAAAGAAUUACUUCACAGUUUGCAACGAUGAUAGAAUGAUACGAACAACUUAAUUCGCUAUUCUAUUAUGCGGUACUCAGCACGUGUCAGAAUACCCGCCAAAUUUCGGACUGCUACCAUAGUUCGGAUGACACGCGACAAACAAGGCAAUAAAGUAAUUAAAGGCAAUAAUUAGAGUAAUAAAGUGUUAAACAUGAGCGAAUUGGUGUCAUUAAAAUGACAUUGAGACUCUUAAAUAUAAACUGAAGAUUCUGCUUGGGGAAUAUUACUUUCAAUUUAGAGUUUGAUUAGUACUUAAACUUGUAUUUAAGUAGCGAUUUGAAAAUAGAUUUAUCAUUACAAACUGUAAGGUGGAUUAUUGUGGAUUUCAUUGCAUUCGAAGAAUUCAUGGUGUAGUUUUAAAUUUUGAAGAAAGUGGGAGAAACAUAUUUUUACAAUGAUUGAUGUAGAUUGUGUAAGGAGGAAUUACUCGUUGGGUCACUUUGACCCAGGCUACAUGAUUGGCGCCAACACCAUGAUGCCAGGCAUUUGUUCCCCACACAUUGACCCUCGGGUACUGGUGCACUGGAACCAGCCCUCCACAGGGAACCAACUGCAAAGCCCGGUACCGGCGGCUAGCGCCAAGUCUGACGAAGACGAGGACGAAUCUGAGGAACGCCCGUUCACUCCGCCGCCGCCCCGGGAGCGCCUGUCAUACACGCGCUACCAGCUUGAACUCCUCAAUGGCAUCUACGAGGAGGUGCGUUACCCGAACUCCACACAGAAACAGCUCAUCGCGAAACGUGUCGGCAUUACCAGGGAACAAGUCAAGAUCUGGUUUCAAAACAGACGUCGCAAAGAUGUAAUCGGAAAUUCAGGGAAACCAAAAUCAUGUGACACCAGCACUAGUAGCACAUGUAGUUCCGGAAGCGGGAAAGAGUCCGAUCAACAAAAUAGUCCUCCGCAAAAUAGUCCCAUUUCAGACGACAACGGUAAUAAUUCUUCAGACGAAAAUAGUUCACAAAAAGAAGCCGAACAAAGUGUUGUCCCGUCUUUGGUGAUGAAAAGUGUAAUUGGAGAGUUAAUAAAGUUCACAAACGAUCCUCUGAAGGGGAAAAAGAAGCGAAAGAAGGCGAAAUCGAAACUACAGGAAAAGUCAACUGUAAAGAAGGGGUUAACGGCCACUCUUUUGACCGGUGCAUAUGACAUGAUCUCACCACCGAACCAGAUAACCCCGACAGCUUUUUUCGAGAAAAUUAAAAACGGAUUUUCACAUUCCAAAAACUCGUCCGCGUUUGCCGUCCCGGGAGACGUCUCGAAACCAUCACAAAUAUGCAGCGUGUCUAGCACCAGUGAAACCGGAAACGGAAAUAUCAAUUCCUCCGGUGAAAACGCCGUCCAUAUUUCAAGAACGCUGCUUAGCGAUCACAUGGCUUCCAACGGGCGCACAUAUCCAACCGGAGCUGUCAGUUUCAUGAACAACAGCUUCUCAAUGCCAGCCUAUUCAACUAGCAUGCCAACCGAGCUUCCGGUAUUAACAGACAUUUUAUCGUACAAGUCCUCGCUCGAUAUGCGCGCCCAGAAUGACAGCCUAAAGUCAGCGCCUCAACCACAGCCGUCUUCUUUACCAUCCACGCCUCUACACAGAUCGGAAACUAACAAGCCAGCACAGCCCAGCCAUAUGCACCCGUUCACGCCCGGGAGGUCGUUGAAUGGUAUUUUCCCGUACCCGUUUAUGGCAGAGCCGUCCAUGAUGUUGUCAUCGCUACGUCAGACGGACCACAUAUUUAGGCCGGCGCCCCAUUACCCGGUGUCCCACUACAGCAAUGACCCCUACCAGCCCCUGUUCAUUACGUCACUCAGCAACCCUUACUAUUCCCCACCCACGGCCGCCUGGAAUUCCUCCCAUCCAGUGCCCCACUCUACCUCCUCAUAUACUCAGUUGUAGCCAUUAGCUGUUCAUUCAUUGGAUUGUGUGAUCAUGGUGCAGGAUCAACUGGGUUUUCAGGGAUUUACACACGAACGGACGGAAGGACGGACAACUCCAAUUAUAUAUCCCUCCGCCUUUGACGGGGAUGAUAAAAUAACGGUACAGUGAACUGUUCGACCUUUGCUGAUAGCUCUUUUAUCAUCCUCACGUUACGUAGCGCCUUGUAAUACGUCCAAAAUGACUAAGGAAACUAGUAUUGAAAACAACUCAGGGCCAUCUAACCAGUCAAGCUCAAGCUUUUAAUUGUAUGACCAAUAUGAAAUUGUGUAGCAUGUUUUGUAUGUUAUAUAAUUGCACAUUUCUCUGAAUGCUCAAA